AUGACAAAUCGAAUCCAUACCGAUGUCUCCUCGCGCCUAAUGAUGGCUGUAGGGGUAGUCGUUGUUAUUUGGAUCCUCGCAUAUGUUAUAAAUCUAUUACUGGAUCCCCUUCGAGAUAUCCCAGGUCCUCUAGGGGCCAGAUUUUCUCGAUUUUGGUACCUGCGUGCAAUCAGCAAUGGAGAUUUUGAGAAAAGGAAUAUCGACCUCCAUCGAGUCUACGGACCGAUUGUCCGGAUAGCUCCCCGGCAAUAUAGCCUUGACGAUCCUAAGGUGCUUCGCACGAUCUACUCACAUUCCUCAACGUUUACCAAGGCAGCAUGGUACGAUGCCAGUGGGAAUCCGAAUCCCGAAUCCCAUGACCUGUUCACGGAUAGGGAUCCGCGACGCCAUAGUGCCAAUCGACGAAAAGUCGCCUCGCUGUACAGCAUGACCAGCCUUGUACAGAUGGAGUCCUGCGUAGUGGAGUGUUCUGCCCUGUUGAUACAGAAGCUUACAGGGUUUGCGGAAUCUGGUCGUCCAUUUAACCUGCAACACUGGAUGCAGUACUAUGCCUUUGAUGCGAUUGGGCUUAUUACUGUCAAUAAGAGAUUUGGAUUCCUCGAUAGCGGUACAGAUCAGAACUCGUUGAUUGCUUCCCUUCACGCUUACCUUAUAUAUGCUGCCAACGUCGGCGUUUACGCGGAGUGGCAUCCAUUCCUGGCCAAGAUUGUGGCUCUUCUUCCAUCCCCAGGGAUGGGGCACCUGCAAGGCUUCACAGCGCAUCAUAUUGCAGAAGGCCAAGCCAAUUUCUCGGCGAAGGCGAGUAACCUGCCCUCCUCUGACAGUUUCCUGGAGAAGCUUUUAAAGAUGCAUGCGCAAAAUCCAGAAAAGAUCAGCUUGGCGGACAUCUUCACUACCUGUAUCACCAAUGUCGGGGCAGGUUCCGACACAACCUCCAUCUCGCUUACAGCGCUCCUAUACAACUUAUCCAAACAUUCAAGUAUCCAUCGAAAGCUCCGCGAGGAAAUCGAACUAGCCGAUAAGCAGGGCAAGCUGUCUUCACCUGCUAUAACUUUCCAAGAGUCUCAGAAUCUACCAUAUCUUCAAGCCUGCAUCAAAGAGGCUCUGCGUUUACAUCCUGCGACCGGGCUCCCUCUUGCUCGGGUUGUCCCAAAGGGUGGUGCGACUCUAUCUGGCAGAUUCUUUCCUGAAGGUGAAAUCGUCGGUGUGAACGCAUGGGUUAUCCAUCAGAACGAGUCGGUGUUUGGUCCUGACACGGCAUCGUACCGCCCAGAAAGAUGGUUAGAGGACCCAGCCCGGUCCUCGGAAAUGGACCGUGGUUUCCUUGCUUUCGGUGCCGGGGCACGAACCUGUAUCGGCAAGAACAUUAGCUUGAUGGAAAUCGGCAAAUUGGUUCCCGAGCUCGUGAGACGGUUUGACUUUGAGUUGGUCGAUUCUAAGGCACCCUUAGAAACGCAGAAUGUGUGGUUCGUUAAGCAAACUAAUGUUGAGUGUCGCGUUAGACUGCGGAGAGAAGCUUAG